CCUCCCCUUUUCUCCCUCGCUCUGCUCAUGUUCAUUCACAGCUCCGUGGAUCAGGACCAUCACACCUCUGCUCUCUUUGUCUCUCAUUCAUUCUCUCUGUGUUUGAAUCAUGUCCUCUUCUUCGCCCGUCCUGUCUCUGUAUCUGAGCGCUGCCUCGCUGAUCCUGCUGACUGCUGUGUCUGAGGCUCAGUAUUACGACUUCACGCCGGCUCCAGACUACGACUUGGACUACAACGCCACCUUCGAGUACAGCUUCUUCAGUAACGCCAGCAGCGAGGACCUGGACAAGUUCAGUGAAUCAUUCAUUGACCAGGAGGAAGGGGAGGAGGAAAAGGAAGUGACUGUUACCGCGGCAACCACCCAACGAACCACAGAGCAGGACAGGGUCAACGCCGCAUCACCUCCUGUUUCUCUGGAAGUCAGGACUCUGGUCUGGACUCUGACGAUCCUGAUCAUCCUCAACAUGCAGCAGCUGCAACACACACUAUGAGACCGACACACACUCAGCAGCUGUUGUUGGAUCACUUUGAUCCUGCAGAAACCAGCGUGGGUCACCUGAUCUGAGGUGGGCGGGGUCGCAGUCACCUCUGUGACCUUUGACCUCUGCAGAGUGAAACACUUCCUGAAAACGGCAGCGGAGCCACAGUUUCCCUCAGCGUCGGUUCACAGGUGGACCUCAGCCAAUCACAAAGCUUCACCAGCUCCACAGUUCACUGCAACAAGAACAUGAACUCUGUCAGUUUCAACUUUAUCACGUGUGGAAUUAUUUUUCACUGUUUUUCACUUUUUUAUUUAAAUGUGGGAGAGACCGAACAUGACAAAGAGCUCCUCUGAAUUGUGGGAUUUUAUUAUUAAAUAUGGUGGGCGAUCUGUGUAAGUGUGGAAGUUCAUUAAUGACAAAACUGUUGAGUGACAGCAAAGUAAGUCGAGACUCAUAAACACAAAAACAAAUUCACGAAGAAAAAAAAGUCAAUUCAAUUUUAAAUUUCAAUUUUAGAUAAAGCAGCGAGUUCUCAGACACAGAGAUGGACAAACAUUUCUGGAGUAUUUUCUUCUGGGAACUGACCUGAAAUCAGAAAUCUGUUCCUCUCAGUCUGAACUCAGAUCAGCUGACAGGCUUCAACUGGACACAACUGUUUUUUAAAGUUUUAACAUCUUUUAAACAAAUGAAGAAGUUGAGGAUGCUCAAACCAACAAAACACAUAAAAAGCACGCGUGUUUUCUGACCUGCAGGCUCUGGUUCAGCUUUGGUUUUGGGAAAGACGCACACUGUGAAACCCUCUGCUGCAGUGAAAGUGUGAGAGUGUGAUCAGGAAAAAGUCCUUAAAGCAUUAAAGCAGUGCAGCGUCCCUGUGGCUGCUGUGCUGUUAUAUAUUCUGUCAUCAGGUUAUUAUUCCUCGUGCAUUAAUGUAAAGCAGGAUGUUGCUGCUGCAGCUGGUGGAGCUGGAGCUCAUGUUGAACCGGUUUGUAUCGGACUGCAGCUGAUGAUGCUUUUCAUUCUGGAUCCAUCUGCCGAUUCUUUUCUCCGUCGAUCCGUCGAUCGAUCGGUUUGGAAAACUGGUGAAAACGGUGAGAAACACCGUCACGACGACCCAGAGCCCAAAGCGACGCCUUCAGCGUGUCGUCGUGUCCGACCGACAGUCCGAAGCUCGACGUUAUUAACAAACAUCACAGUUAUUACAGUCGUUCAGAGGAAAAGCAGCAGAUCUGCACAUCUGAGGAGCUGCAGCCAGGAAGGGAUUUACAGGAGAAACGACUUCAAACAUCAAAACAGCUGCUGAUUCAUUAAAUAAUUAACUGAUUAAUGGACUAAUCGUCUCAGCUGAACUCGUUUAAACUGUUGCAGUUUAAUUUAUAACAAAACAUCAGAUUUUAUAAAACAUUGGUCUUUCUGCUGUCUUUGUCAUUGAUUAGGUUCCAUAAAUACACCUGAACCGCUCAGACAGGAAGUGCCUGCAGUUUAUUUUAAACUUUCUGAGUGACGGUUUGUGUUUCCAUAACAACGGCGCCCCCUAAUGUUACAGCGUGAAGCUGCUCCCUGAGUUUAUGUUCAUGCUUCUAAUGAAACGUGUCAAACUGUAAAAGACAGAAGAUGGUCCAGGCUCAUGUUGUAAACGUCGCUCUCGUCACUCCUCCACGUUUUAUCUCUAAACAUUUCACAUCAGUUUUUAUCUGUGAAUCAAACAAACAGCACUUAACCGUUUAUUCUCUUUAGUUUUAUCUGUAAUCGACUGUAACAAUAUUUAAACUCUACUUUUAAUCACAGUGUUUGAUUCACCAACCAGUUCUAGUUCACUUUUUUAAGGUUUUUAAACUCUACAAACCUCAGCACACAAUGAGGAAAUAUAGAAAAGAAGAACAUUAGAGGACUAAUAGAACGAUCACAACAGAUUUAUAUGUUUUACUUUAAUAUUUGUUAAUAAAAUGUGUGAAAAUGUA